CUGCAACGGGAGGGUUGUGCGACCCGCGCGAAGCAGACUUAGCUGCAGAGCCAUUUCCCCGAGACCCAUCGAAACUUUUCUUCGAUCACCAGCCUCCGAUUCAACUCCUCAACGACCUUCCACGACAGAUUUUGCAAGGUGGAUUUCGCUGCGCAUCGGUUUUGGCACCAAUUUUUCCUCUUUGCGAGUGUCUAGGAUCAGUUUCCACACUCUGCGUGCUCUGCUUUGCAGUUCAGAAGCCUGUUGCGGGUCGACAUUGGCGGAGGUUGAUCGAGGCAUGUGAGUGAGGACGCCAUGUCGAAGCGCAAGGAUCCUACUACAGUGGUGUCACGGGAAGGGGACAAGCUGGAGGUCACCCCACUCGGUGCUGGAAAUGAAGUCGGGCGUUCGUGUGUUUAUAUGACCUACAAGGGCAAGACUGUGAUGUUUGACUGUGGAAUCCAUCCUGGCUACUCUGGCAUGGCAGCGCUGCCCUACUUCGAUGAGAUAGAUCCUAUCAGCAUAGAUGUUUUACUCGUGACGCACUUUCAUCUCGAUCAUUGUGCAUCACUUCCUUAUUUCUUGGAGAAGACAAAUUUUAAAGGGAGAGUAUUCAUGACACACGCCACUAAAGCCAUAUACAAGCUUCUUCUAUCCGAUUUUGUCAAAAUCAGUAAAGUGUCAGUGGAUGACAUGCUGUACGAUGAACAUGAUAUUGCACGGACGAUGGAGAAAAUUGAGGUGAUUGAUUUUCAUCAAACUAUGGAAGUCAAUGGGAUUCGAUUCUGGUGUUAUACAGCAGGCCAUGUAUUGGGUGCAGCCAUGUUCAUGGUAGACAUAGCUGGCAUGCGAGUGCUGUAUACCGGGGAUUAUUCAUGUGAGGAGGAUCGCCAUCUCCGUGCUGCUGAAAUGCCACACUUUUCACCAGACGUGUGCAUUAUUGAAUCAACAUACGGUGUGCAAAUUCACCAGCCACGAAUCAUGCGAGAAAGGAGGUUCACUGAUACCGUUGCUCAAACUGUUAGUCAGGGCGGGAAGGUCCUUAUUCCUGCCUUCGCCUUGGGACGAGCUCAAGAACUGCUUUUAAUUCUUGAUGAAUAUUGGGAGGCGCAUCCUGAGCUUCAACACAUACCUAUCUAUUAUGCCUCCCCUCUUGCGAAGAAAUGUAUGGCAGUAUAUCAAACGUACAUUAAUGCUAUGAACGAUCGUAUCCAGAAGCAAUUUGAGGUCUCGAACCCCUUCGACUUCAAGCACAUUCAGCCGCUGAAGAACAUUGACGGAUUCGAUGACAUCGGCCCUGCUGUUGUGAUGGCGUCUCCUGGAGGUCUUCAGAGCGGGCUCUCAAGACAGCUUUUUGACAUCUGGUGCCAAGACAAGAAGAAUUCUUGCAUCAUUCCCGGUUACGUGGUUGAGGGAACUCUCGCAAAGGCAAUCAUGAAUGAGCCCAAGGAGGUGACUCUUCUCAGUGGUUUGGUGGUGCCUCUGAACAUGCGCGUACAUUACAUAUCAUUUUCUGCUCACGCAGAUUUCACCCAGACAAAUGCGUUUUUGCAUGAGCUGAGACCUCCGAACAUCAUUCUAGUCCACGGAGAGGCCAACGAAAUGGGUCGCCUGAAAGCGAAGCUGAUCACGCAAUUUGCAGAGCAGAACGUGAAAAUUCUGUCACCAAAGAACUGUCAAACCGUGGAGAUGUUCUUUAAGGGGGAGAAAAUUGCCAAGGCAGUGGGCCGUCUUGCAGAGAAGUCAGCAAAAGAAGGCGACAUUGUGAGUGGGCUUCUGGUGCGGAAAGGCUUUACCUAUCAGCUGAUGGCGCCAGAUGACUUGCACAGCUUCACCCAACUUUCCACGGGCAGUGUUAUGCAACGGCAAUCGGUUCCUUACAAGGGCACUUUCACCGUGCUCCGACACCGGCUCCAGCAAAUGUAUGAACAAGUGGAGGUUGUAACGAAGGCAGAUAGUCCAACUUUGAAAGUGCAUGGAAAUCUCACGGUAACUCACGAGGGAGCUGAUUACGUGAUUCUACAGUGGGUCUCGGACCCCAUUAGUGAUAUGGUAGCCGAUUCCGUGGUGGCGAUGAUUUUGAAGUUGGAUUCGCAGUCCAUGUUUGCAGUAGGAGGUGGACGGGCUAAAGAAGCCCGAUUAGAGAAAGAGGAGAUUAAGAUAGUCCACUCGCUCUUAGUUUCAUUGUUUGGAGACGUGACACUAGAUGAGGAGCAUCAAAGUUUAACUGUGAAUGUUGAUGGCAUUGAAGCAACCAUUGAUCACGUGAAAAGAGGCAUCGAGUGUAAGGAUGAGAACCUCAAAGAUCGUAUCAAGGUCGCCCUUCGCAGAAUACAAACGGCUCUGUAUCCUCUAGAUGCUUAAAUAUGUCCCUUGCGUUGCUUUCAUCACUUUGGGGUGUUACUACAUUGUGCAACACUGGGGGCCAUUAUUUUGGA